UUGUGUGUAUAACAAUGGUUGUCAUUGGCAACCAACUGUAAUGCUGUUGUCAAACGUCAUUUUUUUAUGUUAUGAUUUAGUGCUCGAAUAAUAAAGUUUUUUAAAUAUGAGUACUGAAAGUGAUUUAAUAAAUGCUGUUCGUGACUCUUUAGAGACUGAUGGUGAAUUAAGACGAAUUAAAGCAGAAGUACGUAAAAAAAUAAUGAACUUAUUAGAUUCUUCACCAUCUAACAGAAUCAAACAUUCCAAUUUAUCACAUAAUGUUCUACUUGUUAAUGAACUAAUUCGAGAAUAUUUGGACUGGAUAGGAUAUAAAUAUACAUUGAGUGUCUUAACAUCAGAAAGUGAUUUAAAAAAUCAUCCAUUAGAUCGUACAACUCUAUCAGAAGCUCUAGGAAUUGAUGAUGGUGAAAAGACGAAACAACUACCACUAUUGUUUUGCGUUAUUCAAACAUUAAAAAAUUUAAAAACUACUUCGAAAACUACUACUAAUAGUAAUAAUUAUAUAAUUUAA